AUGUAUACGAAUAUGCCCCCUCCUCCACGUCGCGUCCCCUUCAACCACCAUGCAAUCAACCACCCCGCCCUCAACCCUGCUAUUGACGUUGUCAACCCUCGACACAUCAUGUCGGAUACGCCCCCGAAGCCUCAGGACCCCGUCAAGCCGCCGUCAUCACCACCACUACCGAGACAGAACGCCAAGGUGACCCCACCAUCGCCGCCAAAAAUCAUCACGGACAAGAGCCAUUCCGUGGAGUUCGUGCGUGUCGGUAUGCUCGGCGAGGGUGGAUUCGCGCGGGUGUACGAAGUCAAGGAUUCUCGCAACAAUCGUUCAGCGUGUAAGGUAGUUACCAAAUCUUCCCUUAAGACGAAGAAAGCCAAGACCAAGCUGUAUGCCGAGAUCAAGAUUCACCGCUCGCUCGACCACCCUAACAUUGUACGCUUCCAGGAAUGUUUUGAGGACGAUGAGAACGUCUACAUGACACUUGAGCUGUGCCAUAACGGCUCUCUUAUGGACAUGCUCCGCCGGCGACGCCGCUUCACGGAGCCAGAGUCGAGAUUCUUCAUGGUACAACUGAUCGGAGCGUGUCAUUACAUGCACACGCACCAGGUGAUCCACCGGGACCUAAAGCUGGGCAACAUUUUCUUGGACAGGAACAUGAACGUGAAGGUUGGCGACUUUGGGCUCGCGGCGUUGAUCGAGAACCCGGGCGAGCGCAAGAAGACGAUCUGCGGUACACCAAAUUACAUCGCGCCUGAGGUGCUGUUCGACACCGCAAAUGGCCACAGUUUCGAGGUCGACACGUGGUCGAUCGGUGUCAUCUUGUACACCCUCGUGAUUGGUCGUCCGCCGUUCCAGACGAAAGACGUGAAGGCGAUCUACAAAAGGAUUCGGGACAACGAGUACGAGUUUCCAGCAGACCGCAUAGUGUCACGCGCAGUGCAGGAGCUUGUGCAGCAGACCCUCACGCCGGAUCCUCAGCAGCGUCCGACGUUACACGAGAUCGUUGACCACGAGUGGUUCACGAGGGGCAUUGUGCCAGGAUAUAUUCCCACGACUGCUCACGAUGGGGCGCCAGACUGGAAACAUAUUACUCGCGACAUCUCGGAGGCAAAUCUCAAGCGCUUGAGACGGAACGCGAAGCUCGAUGAAGACCAAGUUACGAACAUCGCUGUUCCGUCUGCACCACCUCCAACAGCCCUUGCUUCAGGUGCGGCCCCAAAUGCUGCCAAGUACAAGGGCGUAUCGUCGCAUCUUGCGCAACAGGAGAAGGAGUUCCAGAAGGCAAUCCAGCCCGGGAGUCCAAUCUCUGCCCUACUCAGCUCCGCUCGCACGCCGCUCAUGGUCGCACCGGCGACUGCGCGUGGCGAAAACCCAGUUUUUCGAAAGUUACAGGCUGUGUCGGCUGUGAGCCGUUCGCCAGCACGCGUACGUCUGCAGAACAUCGACGAAGAGGACGAUGGGAGUGCAAAGAGGGAAGAGGCACGGAAGAAGGAGCUCGAGUCGCAGAAGGCCCGGAUCGUAGCGCAAAUGGUUCCUGGGAGUGCGGCACCAUCCGCGUGUGGGCAGGAGGACCAGGAGAACAUCCCACCCCCUGCUGCACGCGGCGAGCUUCGAACGCGCGAACGCCCGCGCGAGAAGGUGUACGAGAAGGCUCAGGACGUACCCGUAGCGGAUACCGGUCUACCUUCUUCUGGAAGCCUUCCACUCCGUGUCAACGGAUUCGACGCGGCGGCCCAGACACUUACCGCCGCGUUCGACGCCAAGGCGGCCGGCAGGCUGUUUAGAGACCCGCGUGAGGAUGCUGCGUUGCCCGACCCAAACGUGUUCAUUGCGUCUUGGGUUGAUUACUGCAACAAGUAUGGCAUGGGCUAUGCGCUGACCGACGGAUCUGUUGGCGUGCAUUUCAAUGAUAGCACGACCAUGGUUCUCUCUGCGGAUAAGCGGCACUUCGAUUACAUCUCUUCGCGUCGCCAGGGUUCGGUGUACGUCCGGAAGAACUGCACUGUAUCCGAGUAUCCGGAGGAGCUCAAGAGCAAGGUAUACCUCCUCAAGCACUUUGAGCGAUAUAUCAUGGACAAGCUUUAUGGCGAGUACGACUACACGUUCAAGGACCUCGACCGGACGAAAGGCAUGGACUUCGUCCAGAAGUACUUGCGUAUGAAACACGUGAUAGUGUUUAAGAUGAGUCAUGACGUUCUACAGUUCAACUUCUACGACCACACAAAAGUCAUUCUCUCUUCGCAGGGUUUACUCAUCACGCACAUUGACAAGAACUACAAGCUCACACGGUGGACUCUCGCCGAGGUCAUGGCCCUAGCGCUUCGCCCUCCUGCUACUGAUCCUGACCAAGCGAAGUUCAACCAGCGUCUGCUGGACAAGCUCAAGUACUGCAAGGAGGUGCUGGUGUCCAUCCAGAACGCGAGCGCUACAAUAGGUCAGCCCGCAAACGGUCAAAUAGAAGGCGGUGCCACCGUAGAUCCGGAAGGCUUCGCAAUGCCGAGAGCAGUCCCUGCGAUGAGUGCGCGAUCAUCGAAGACAUCUCUGCGGUAA